GUUUCGCGGCGGCGGCGGCGGCGCGCGGGGCUGGUGCCUGCGCGCUGAGACCAGAAAACGCAGGGAGCGUCUGCUUUGGAGGGUUAGCCAUGAAACGCAAGCGCAGAGGCAGCGCUGCCCAGCAGGUUGAGGCAUGCGAUGUCUGGCUGGACACGGCGAAGCUAAAGCAGCGCAAAGUGCAGUCUUUCCUAGCCAAGCCAAAAGUACCUCAUCGGCUUCUGGAAGGGAACUGUGAUGGGUACACCUCAGUGUCUUUCACACAGACAAGAGCAGCUCCAUCACGUACCAAGCAAACCACCAUCUCCUCCUUCUUCAGUACGCAGAUAGAUGAAAAAGACAAAGAAAACUCCAGGUUAUCUCCACUUAUCCUAAAUAAAGAACCUAAAGAAAAAGGUAUUCCUUUGGCUGCCUCCCCUGUGAAGAUGUUGAUGUUUCUGCAGAUGGAGGAAGCCCAGAAACACCCCUUCAGAGCUGAAGAUAAGAAGGAGAAACAACCUCUGCAAACGGCAUAACUUCAAGAAAGACAGCAGGCUCCUCAAUGGACAAGGAAGAUGACCAGCCGGAUCCAGAGGAGGAGAAGGAUGGACCUGGUUUCCAACCAAUCUGUGGUACAAACCAGAGUAAGAAACCACACCAACCGUCUAGUAGCAAUAAUUCUUUAACUGAAUUCUCUGAGCCUGAGAAUAUAAAUCCUGCUAUAAAGACAGAUAAUAUUGGGGCUGCUGGCUUUUAUUCAUCUCCAAAAAGAAUAGCUAAAGCACAGCCUUUGAGAGAGAGCAGCCAAAAUGCUGGUGGUGGUUCAGCUAAGGAAGAAUGGGACAGUAAGAACAGAUUGAGCAGUCCUUUGAAGCAAUUGUUUACCCAGGAUUCGGAGGGGAACAGAGUAAUUUCUCACUACUGCCAGAAAAUGAGAUCUCCUCUAAAGGACAAAAACAGCACUAGCAGUAGGCUGACUAACUCUCCAUACAAGGAUUGUUCCAGGGUCACUACAAAUAGGAACGUAAGCAAACUAGGGGAGCAUCAGUUAGAUACAUGCUAUGAUUUACUAUUCACACAGGAUUCAGAAGGAAAUAGAGUUAUUAGACACUGACUAGUGACCAUUAACGGGCAGCCUGUAUGAAUACUUCUGAAGCCUAAGAAAGCAUCAUCUUUAAGAAAGGAGUCUGGAACAGGAAAGUAUAACCAUUGAUUGAACACAUGGUCUAGACAGUAGAUGUAGUAGACCCAUGCAACAGGCAGAAUCUCUUUGGUCUCUAAUAAGAUUAAUUUUUAAAGAAGCAUGUUAAUCAUGCUUGAAACAACCAAAUCAUUAUAAUGUCCUGUGUGGCUAAGGCCUUGGCUUUAGCAUUUCUACUAGUGUUUACAUAACCUCUUGCUGGUCAUAGAAUCGUAGACUUGGUAAGGUUGGAAGGAACCUCUGGAGAUCAUCUAGUCCAACCCCAAACAAGUUGCCCCUAUGGGGAUCAAACCCAUGACCUUGGCAUUAUUAGCACCACGCUAUAACCAACUGAGCUAAACCUAACCCCAAAGUCAGCCUAAAAGAACUUCCUGAUGACACUUCCAUAUCUCUUAGUCUCCUAGAAGCCCAAAUUAAAAGCUUUUCUAGGAUCAGCUCAGGAACCAUACAGUCUACUUAAGACAUUAGCUGCCUCUAAGAAAGAUUAGGUUCAACUACCAGUCACAGAAUUCUGCUUACCUCCUAACUGCUGUUGUACCAUUGUCUGUAAGUGACAGCUGGUGCGGGGAAGAAGUAACAGGUUUUAGGCUUUUCAGCUUGUGCUUCUAUAACUGUUAAAGGCUCAUCUGCAGCUAGCAAAGGUGUAAUGAAAGCACUUAACUCCCACUGCCAAGCUUACUAAAGGUUUAAAGCAAUGAAAACUGAUAAGGGGUUGAAUUCUAACAGUGCAUCUAUUCUGGGUAAGUGUGAACUUUAAUCCUAACAUUAGAUGCCUGUGUAACUCUUUCAUAGGAUGAGAUACACCUGGGGUGUGCCAGCAAGUCCUCUCAUGUUCUACUCAGCUGUAAUGGACGGUACCAUUACAGCCCUGGUUAGGUGGAAAGGUAAAGCACUGAGCCUCCUCUGUAGGAGAGGGAACUAUGUUAAGUAUUAAUUUAACUGCAAAGGGCAGCUGCCACACUUCAGUAACAGCAGCGGAUAAUUUCUGUAUGCUUCUUGUACAGCAUAAUCUCCUGCUUUUAGAUACACAGGAUUUUGGAUGGGCGUGCUUUAGAUUUUAUCUGCUUUGAAGCACAGAGACCAGCUGCUCAAAAACCCCAGGGGGUCACAUGCAGAGAAACAACACGCCAGCAUCUGCGACCGCGAUCACAGUCCAGAACACCAACCUUCUUUGUUAGAAGAACUGCCUGAUUGUUUUUUAUACCUUUUUUAUUUUUUUAUGUUGAGUUUUUCUCAGCCACUGCUUUAACUCUGUAAAUAUUGUCAAUUACGGUUUUACUUUCCCAUGGGGCCAGAAUUUCAGUACAACAGAUCAAAUUAAAGCUAUGUCACAGUC